AUGUCCAGCGAUUCUACCAGCCAGCCGAUAGCCGGCAUUCACACUUUUGACCUGCCAUCCGUGUGGCUCGGUGACAUCGCGUUAUGGCUGCGCACUGUAGAGUCACGAUUCGCCCUCCGUCAGAUCACACGAGAGGAUAGCAAAUUUCACUAUGUUGUGGCAGCACUCCCAAUGGACAUCGCCACCGACCUCCGCGACAUCAUAGAUUGCCCGCCCACAGAAGCCCCUUAUACUGCCCUAAAGUAGGCUCUCAUUUCCCGCAUUUCUCUCUCAACGCAAAAACGUCUCCAACGUUUAAUUUCGGAGGAGGACCUCGGUGACAGGAAGCCUACGCAGCUUCUUAGGCGUUUGGAGCAGUUGGCAGACGGACAAAAGCUGGAUGCCAUUAUGUUCAAGCAACUUUUCCUCCAACGGUUGCCUCCUUCUGUGCAAGCCAUCCUUGCGCUUAACAUUCCUUCGUCGACUGUUCAGAUGCUCGCGGAGACUGCUGACCGUAUACUCGAGUACUCCCAGCCUCCUGUUACGGUUAACGUCGCUAGUCGAAGCACAACUGCCCCCACAAUCGAGGAUGUCGUUAAACGCCUGGAUGCCCUCACUCUCGAAGUUUCCCAGCUCCGGGCCACUCGUGUCUAUAACCCUCGUAGUCCUGCAAUUUCUCGCCGCCCGAGAUCUCCCACUCCAAACAAACCUACAAUUGAUGGUUUCUGUUGGUAUCAUCACAAUUAUGGUUCUAACGCCCAUCGUUGCCACUCCCCGUGCAAGUAUAAAACACCCGCGUCGGAAAACUCCCCUGCCGACCAGUAA